UUCGGCUACGCCGAGUCGGCUUUAUCGGGACUCGAGCUUGCAGCCUCUUGCCAGACUCAUCUUGUCGACUUGGCCGACCUCGAAGGACACCGAACGUUCGAGCAUAUAAUUGAACAGAUCUGCCGACAAGAGGUCUUGAUCCCAGGUCUGGAGGGGCGAGUGAACUGCUCGAUGAGCCAAUGA